GCGUUUGAAAUUUAUCUGCCGAAAUAUGGCAUCAUGCAUUUUCAUGGGAUUUGUUGUGAUGUACGGGUCUUCGUAAUUUAACAUCUUUUUUAAGGAAUUCCUAAUUUGGGACGUUAAUAUGAAACCUGGAAUUUACGGGGAUCUGGGUGAACUUGCAGAUGACGAUGAUGAUGACCAGACGUCUGGAGUUACUGAGUUACCUGAUAUUACGGAGCAUAGAGUGAUAUAUUUAAAUUCCUUGCAAAAAUUGAAGUUCUGUAACAAUAGGAUAAGCACAGCAAAAUAUAAUGUUAUUUCUUUUUUGCCAAAGUUCCUGUUUGAGCAGUUUAGACGUUAUUCAAAUAUAUUUUUCUUAUUUAUUGCUUUGCUGCAGCAAAUACCCAAUGUGUCUCCAACUGGUCGUUACACAACAGCCGUUCCUUUGAUUUUUAUACUAAGUAUAUCAGCUAUAAAAGAAAUUGCUGAAGAUAUCAAACGUCAUCGUGCUGAUGAUUCUGUGAAUAAUGCAAAAGUUUUAGGCCUGAAAAAUGGCAUUUGGCAGUGGAUUAAAUGGACAGAUGUAGCUGUAGGUGAUAUAUUAAAAAUUACUAGUGGCCAGUUUUUCCCUGCAGACCUUGUGCUGUUAUCAUCAAGUGAACCCCAUGCUAUGUGUUAUAUAGAAACUGCAAAUUUGGAUGGAGAGACAAAUUUAAAGAUCAGGCAGGGUCUUCCACAAACAGCACCUUGGCUAACACCGAGGGACUUGGAGCGUCUGCGCGGCACCAUAGAAUGUGAACCUCCCAACAGGCAUUUAUAUGAAUUUACUGGGAAUCUUAGAAUAAGUGGUAAACAAGCUUUACCUUUAGGAGCUGACCAGUUACUUUUACGAGGGGCCAAAAUGAGGAAUACCAACUGGGUUUUUGGUCAGUUUUUAUUCAUAUUUUUUUGUGAAUUUAUUUUCAG